UUACAUCUUGACAAACAAAAUGUCAGAUUGGUGACGAAAAUAAGUUAGUUGAAGUUUGGCUGUUCGAUCAUUCAGUUUUAGUUUUCACUAAACGUUUAACGAUACGCAUUUCAUUCGAUAUGUCUCUAUCAAGUGUAUUACCAGCCCCAACGAAUGUUGUUUGGGACCGUGAAGAUGAACGGGAAAUGCUAGCGCAAGGAGCUCCGAGUUUGGGUGCAUUGGUCAGCGCUAAAGUCGCUGCUCCACCGUACGGACAAAGAAAGGGAUGGAUACCUCGAACGGAAGCUGAUUUCGGUGAUGGAGGCGCGUUUCCAGAAAUAUUAGUCGUGCAAUAUCCUUUAGGUUUGGGUGCUCCAGCAAAUAUCGGCAAAAAAUCAAAUGCCAUCGCAAUCCAACUUGAUCAACAUGGAAAAAUCAAAUACGAUGCCAUUGCACGACAAGGCCAUGGGAAAGAUAAAAUCGUGUAUUCCAGCAUAAAUCAGUUGUUACCAGCUGAAGUUCUGUCCGAAGAUGCUGAAGCGUUACAGCGUCCGGAUGAAGAAACAAUUGCAGAAACGACUGAAGCAACCCGCAGGGCGUUGGAAAAAUUGACAAGUCAAAAGAUUGCCGCUGCGAUGCCUGUCCGGCAUGCAGAGAAAGCCGCUCCCGCUCAAUACAUUCGGUACACACCAUCUCAACAAGGCGAUGCAUUCAAUUCCGGUGCGAAGCAGCGUGUUAUACGAAUGGUGGAAGCUCAGGUCGAUCCCAUGGAACCGCCCAAAUUUAAAAUCAACAAGAAGAUUCCCCGUGGACCUCCAUCUCCGCCUGCACCCGUUCUACAUUCGCCAUCCCGGAAAGUAACAGUCAAAGAGCAAAAGGAAUGGAAGGUUCCGCCAUGCAUUUCGAAUUGGAAAAAUGCCAAAGGUUACACCAUUCCAUUGGAUAAGCGAUUGGCUGCUGAUGGUCGUGGAUUGCAGCAAGUUCACAUCAACGAAAAGUUCGCGAAAAUGGCAGAGGCUUUGUACAUUGCCGAUCGAAAAGCCCGUGAAGCUGUUGAAGCACGAGCACAACUUGAAAAGAAACUGGCACAGAGGGAGAAAGAAAAGAAGGAAGAUAUGCUUCGACAAAUGGCACAGCGUGCCCGUGAAGAACGUGCUGGUAUUCGGAUGCCUGAUGCUGAGGGCGGAUCUCAAAAUCAAGAUACGCGUGAGCGUGAUGAAUUACGUGCAGAACGACAUCGAGACAGAGUCCGUGACCGAAAUCUAGCUCGAGCAGCUCCCGACAAACGUUCCAAAUUGCAACGCGAACGUGAACGUGAUAUUUCCGAACAGAUUGCACUUGGUAUGCCUGCCAAAACUAAUACAGGAGGAGAGACUAUGUUCGAUCAACGAUUGUUCAAUACGACAAAAGGAAUGGACUCCGGCUACGGUGACGACGAUGUGUACAAUGUAUAUGAUAAGCCAUGGCGUGAGGCCGGAUCUUUGGGUCAGCAUUUGUACCGACCGAGCAAAGCUAUUGACAAUGAAGCGUAUGGUGCCGAUUUGGAGAAACUUGUCAGUACGAACCGUUUUGUGCCCGACAAAGAAUUUAGUGGUACCGAUCGUUCGGCUCAAAAUGCCAGAAGCGGUCCGGUUCAAUUCGAAAAGGAAGAGGAUCCAUUUGGUUUGGAUCAGUUCUUGAACAUGGCCAAAAAAGCUCCGAAACGAAAAGACGAUAAGCAGAUGGAGAGUUCACGUGACGGUUAUAAGGAACGGGAAAAGGAUCGCAGUGGUGAUAAGAAACGAAGAAGGGAUUAACUGGGAUGUUGGUUUUUCAAUUACUUAGGUUUAGUUGCUUUUCCAAUUGUCAAAAUAUUUUUUGUUUUAUUUGAAUUUCCAAUUAAAAAACAUUUAUUUCAA